AUGCCCGAAUCUGCUGCAGUUGUAGAAAAACUGUGCAUGAAUGGAUCUCAUUUCUUGAAUCUAUCAGAUUAUGAGCUGAGCCGAUUCAAAAUAAUGCACCAGCCGAAGCUUCAAAAGAUGGUACAUGACAUCAAGAAGAAUGAAAGCGGGAUAAUAAACAAGUUCAAAAAGUUCCAAAAUGAACAAGUGGCCUUAAUUUGCAAAACUGGGAAAGAUACUUGGGAUCGGCUGAAAAAAAAACCUCCACCAAGUGUACCACAAAGGGAUUAUGCUUCAGAACAUGCAGACAAUGAAGAGGAACAAUGGUCAGAUGAUUUUGACAGUGAUUAUGAAAAUCCAGAUGACCACUCUGACUCUGAGAUGUAUGUUGUCCCCAGCGAAGAGAAUCCUGAUGACAGCUAUGAGCCGCCUCCAAGUGAGCAGGAGAAAAAGAAGAUUGCUUCCUCAUUCCCCAUUUCUAGGGGUGAAUAUGCAGACAAUCGCACCAAUCACCAGCAGCUUCCUCCCAUGAGCAAACCUCUCCCAAGUACACCCAGUCCAGCCACAUCAAGACCAAAGAAACCAUCCCUGCCUUUGCCAUCUCCUGCUGCAAAACCUAAAGUACCACCAAAGCCAAAGGAGUGUAGUGAUGAUGAGGAUAAUUACAUUGUGCCAGUGGACAAUGAUGACGAUAACUAUAUUGAACCCACAGAAAGCAGCAUGUCACUACCUACAAGAUCUCCUGUGAACAGAUUUAUGAAGAAGUCAGCCCCCCAUCCUUCUCCAAAACCUUCUCUUACUUCUGAUAUGCAAGAAGUCUAUGAAGUUCCUGAAGAAGAGGAAAAACCAACACCACCACUGGUAACCAGGUUCACUAAGCCACUUCUGUCUACACCUUCCCAGAACACAGAGCACCCCCACAAGCACAGCAUGACUAGAGAAUCACCUAAGCUAGAUAGCUCCAGAAAUAUUCUGCCUCUUCCCAGAAAUCGUCUUCAUCCAAAAGCAGACCAUGAGGCAAAUAAUGAUGAAAAUCAUAGUUUCAGUAACACACAAGAAACCAGAUUUCCCACUGGAGCAGCUCCAUCUCCAUUACCAAGAGGCCUAAAGAAAACUUCUAAUGCAGUAAAUUCACCGAAACCAUGCUUACCUUCCAGAGAGACCUUAACUGCAAAUGAAGAAAAACCUACAGCAGCAGAACGACGACGAGGUUCCAGCCAAGAGCUUCCGCUUCCACCCCUUCCAAGUGGUGCCCAAAAGCCUUUGCUCCAAAAGUCCUCAGUUCUGCCAAAAGUGCCAGAAGCUGCAAUCCGUUCUCUGGGCACUUCCCCUCACAGCAGCAUUUCAUCUGUUUCAAGUACUACAGACCAGGAUGCUGGUGUUUAUAGUAAAGCAUGGUAUGCUGCUACCUGUGAUAGGAAAAUGGCAGAAGAUGCAUUGUAUCGAUCAAAUAAGGAUGGAUCUUUUCUAAUAAGGAAGAGCUCUGGACAGGACUCACGGCAACCAUACACACUGGUUGUGUUUUACAACAGAAGAGUAUACAACAUUCCAAUACGAUUUAUUGAAUCAACAAGACAAUACGCACUGGGCAGAGAAAAAAGUGGUGAAGAGCGUUUUGACAGCGUUGCUGAAAUAGUAGAGAACCACCAGCGCACCUCCCUGGUUCUAAUUGACAGCCAAAACAACACCAAAGACUCAACAAAACUGACACACAUUGUAAGAGUUUCUUAA